UCUUGCAUGACAAACGGAAGCCUUUGAACACAUCGUUGUAUGGAGCCUUUAUCAAGCUAUGCUAUAAAGAUUUAUUGUGUUUUCAGCAUUUGUAAGCAUGUGGGACUUUGCUUGAGGAAAACAUAUGGGCUCCAAUAAACAUUUCACCUUUAUUAGUUAGACCAGGUGUACAUUCAUGAAGGGUGCAUUUAAUGCACUAUAGUUCUUCUUUUAUAUUGCCCAUUUCAAUGUUAUUUGCAUUGAAGGGUUACUAUUUUAAAUAUAUGCAUAGUAUGUAUAGGUACACAUUAUAUUAUACUAGGUAUGGAUCUCAUUGAAAUAAAUUCUCCUUUUGCCUCUGUCAAAGUAAGAUUGAACACCACAUUAACAGAGUGUCUUGGGCUAUUGGGCUUGGAACAGACAGGCUGAUUUAUGUAUAUUUACAGUCAAUUUAAUGUUAAUGCCACUUCUAUAGGCACAGUUUUCCAAAACCAUGUAUACACUUAUAUAGGUGAUAUAUGCUUAUUUAUUCAGAUUUUCCUUCUUCUAUUUGGCAUUCAUUUUCAAUAAUAUCUUAGCAUUGUUUUUUCUUUUUUCUCAAGAACUGUUCUGAAUGAAGAUAAAGAUCCAUAUGAACUGGACUUCUUUUCUAAAUUCUGAAAUUAUUUUCUAUAAUUUCUUCAAUUUUUAAUCAUGUACUAUUUCAGCUUGUGCUCUGUAUGUGCAUUGUAGCCUAGGCUUAGGAAGCUUGACCUACCUGCGAAUAGCUUUCAUCCUCCAUCCAGAUACAUGUGUCCACCUACCCGUUAUGUUUUUAUGUAUUGAAUCAACAUAGAUAUUCUAUAAUAUGUUGUGUUAUUGUAUAGCUUGUGUUGUUGUGCUUUCCAUGGUGAUGAUUUUCCACCCAGCCGUUGAAGAUAAAGCACCAUUUUGGCUUUUUAGGAAAACGCUUAAAUGUAGGAAAUAUAAGUUUAUAGACAAAUAGAAAAAAAAAACAACGCUUUUAAGGCCUCCAACCCGUAUGAGCCAAGUCUAGCAGCCACUACUUACCUUUAAAGCCCUGCACAUUAAUAUGGAACAGAGAGGGAGGUUACAUGUACCAUUUUUUAUUCAAGUCAGUGGCCAUUUCUGCUCCUUUGUUUGCCCUCCAGCUCAUGCCAGGCCAGGUAAAUCACAUUAGAGAGGAAACGUUUCAUUUCAUCUCACCACAACCCCAAAAUGUUAUUAAUAUUCAGAGUAAUGAACACACUGCUCCUUUCAAACCUUAUACAUCGCCCUCCUAUUUUGGCAUUAGUACCCCCCCUAAAAGGGUCCUUUAUUUUCCCAUACUUUAAUUAUCCUGAUGCACAGUUUCAGAUGCCGGUCCCAUUAUAGGCGCAGUUCUUGCGACCAAUCCUUCAGCACGAAGUAAGAUGGAGAUACCUACCUUGAAGCAAAUCAUGCAGCGGCUCUUGCUGUAGAGUGAUCAAGAACGCUUCUUCGCGCUGCAUUAACGCAACCUUUUUUUUUUUUUGGCUUUUGCAUCUGAUUACAAUGAAAAUAUAUGGAUAAUGUGAGAGUCACGUGAAAAGCCAAUACAUGACAUAAGAUGUUAUUGGACCUGCCUUGUCUCAGCUCGUUUAGGACUGGGAGGGAUAAGACAGGCCGUUAUCUCAAGAAGGUCAGAUACAAAACCUGAGCAAGGCGGGCACCACGGGGUGGACUAAAAAGUGACAGAAGAGGUCAAUGCUCAUUGAUAAGGGAGUGAGUUCCCUAUCACUGAGAGAAGGCAGGAUGCAGAAAACAGCUUACUAUGAGAACUCUGGACUUUUUGGUGGUUACACAUAUGCCAAGCCUGAAUCCUACAGCUACAGCUCCAGUCACCAGCCUUACUCCCAGUCCAGUCUAGAGAAUGAUUAUCCAAGUUCAGCUUGUUCAAUCCAACCAUCUGCUAUCAGGCCUCCAACCCAUAAGACUAGUGAUAUUAGUGUCAGCUGCAUGAGGACAUCUUCUAAUCAAAAUGCCAGCCAGACCACCAAUAUAAUUGAUCAGCCUCACCAAGCUUCAUCUCUACCCCCUUCCUCACCCAGCCAUGUUAAUACCUCAACACAGAAAAAAAGCAAGUCCUCCAAUGCAUCCAACUCCUCCCAGCCUACCAUGAGUAAGCAGAUCUUCCCUUGGAUGAAGGAAUCAAGACAAAAUACAAAACAGAAAAAUUCCAGUUCCCCUCCAGGGGAGAACUGCGAGGAGAAGAGCCCCACUGGCCCCGCUUCCAAGAGAGUGCGGACCGCCUACACCAGCGCCCAACUGGUGGAACUGGAGAAGGAAUUCCACUUCAACCGCUACCUGUGUCGCCCCCGCCGGGUGGAGAUGGCCAACCUGCUGAACCUAACCGAGCGCCAGAUCAAGAUCUGGUUCCAGAACCGAAGAAUGAAGUACAAGAAGGACCAGAAAGCCAAGGGGAUCAUGCACAGUCCAGGGGGUCAGUCUCCAGACCGCAGUCCGCCAUUGAGUGGCUCCAGCCAUUUAGGAUAUUCAAGUCAACUGCCCACAGUCAAUAGCCUAAGCUACGAUGCCCCAUCGCCAACAUCGUUUGCCAAAUCCCAGCAGAACAUGUACGGGCUGGCUGCCUACACGGCCCCAUUGAGCAGCUGUUUGCCCCAGCAGAAGAGAUACCCUGGUGCAGAGUAUGACCAUCACCCCAUGCAGAGCAACAGUGGCUUUGCCAACCCCAAUUUGCAGGGCAGCCCUGUUUAUGUUGGAGGGAACUUUGUUGAUUCCAUGCCAGCUUCUGGUCCUAUGUUCAAUGUGGGUCAUCUUUCUCACCCGUCAUCUGCCAGUGUGGACUACAGCUGCGCUGCACAGAUUCCAGGCAACCAUCACCAUGGACCUUGUGACCCCCAUCCCACCUACACAGACCUAUCUUCUCAUCAUACGACUCAGGGAAGGAUGCAAGAAGCCCCCAAAUUGACGCAUUUGUAACUUACAAGAAGGGAGAGAGAAAGAAAGAAAGAAGCUAACUGUAAAACUCCGUUUAAAUUACCUCAAUUUUUUUCUGAAAGAAAAGUUGUUAAUGUAUCUUAUUAUUCUGAGUGCCAACAGCUUAAAGGGAUGUUCUACCUUUCAGCGACUCGUAUAGUUCUAGGAAAACAAGGGACCCUAGUCUUUAAAAGCAUGACAGUGCAAUAACUGCGAAGCAAGGCACAAAAAAAACAAAAAAAACAAAAAAACAUUUUAAUGAUGUACUUGAAGGUAAGUCUGCUAGAAUUUAGUAUUAGCCAGUGUCAUGCAAAAAAAAAGUGUUUUUUUUUUGUUUUGUCUGUUUUUUUGACCAAAUGGAUAUGAAGGGGACAUGAAUUGCAAAUGGACUUUUUUUAUUUUAUUAUUUUUUGCUUUUUAUUUAUAAAUAUUUUAGUGAUGUUGGAAUUGCAUUCAAAUAAGUAACAUGUAUUUAUUUUAUUAUAUCUCGAGCAAACAUUUUUUUUGUUCUUAUUUUUAGCCAUUAUUUAUCCUCGUCUUAAUGUAUUUAUGUGAAUAAGUGAAUUUUACCGAGAAUAACUUGGAAGAAUGAUUUAAGUCCAUUGUGGUCACCUUGACACCUCUUUGCAUUAGAUGGAAAUGCGAUACUGAACAAUAGUGACUGGUGUUUGUGGUAACACAAAAAAAUAGUAGUGUAUCACAAUGGACAUUUGACAUUUUGAAAAGUUAUUUUUUUUAAUUGUCUAGUACCAUUCCAGCAGUAUUUAGAAUAAAACUUAUAUCUGAACUGUAGUGUAUCUGUUUCAGUAGUCUGGUCAACUAGAAAGUGAAUUUUUUUUUUCAUUACCCAAAUGCAAGUUGCAUAAUAGGACCAUGCUUUUUUCAUCAAAGCCACAAUCAGAUGUCUUGAUAGUUAAUAUUUUAUUUUUGGAAAAAAAACAAACUGUGAGGAGUAUUUUUAAUGUGUACGUGUCUGCAGUACCACCUCUUCACACGUCUGGUUCAUAGUUUGUGUGGCUUUCAUUGUUAUUCUUAAAUGAAAAUUUGUAUAUUAAAUGUACAUUUGGAAUUCAAAGUGUAACAAUUUUAGAGAAAAAUCUGAAAAAUAAGGAGGAAAAAAGAAAAAAAAAACGACAAUCACCAUGUAAAAAAAGAAAAGAAAAAAAAAAACAUCAGUAGCCCAGUGUUUUCAAGUUUAUCAAAACAUUCUUGGGAAGGGCUUUUUUUAAACAAUGAAAUUUCGUUUACAGGGUAUGUUCUACAGUAUUAUGUAGGGUUAAUAUAAUAAUAAUAAUACAAAAAAAAAUAGUUAUAAAAAUGAUUUAUUUUAUUUAUGACAUUGGCUGAUCUCUGGUGACAGUUGACUCGCAAUGUAUUGCUUAUAAGGGAGGUUGAGAUAAUUGAACAGCCCACUAAGAUUCAUUAUUUUGUACUCAAAGCAAUCUUCUUCCUACGCAUUCCUGUUUGUUUGGCAAACUAACAUAACUCCUACUCCUAGCCGUGAAAGGAGAUCAGAUUCCCGGCCAGCGAAUCUCUGACCCUUCGUGUUCUACAGACAAGAAUACAUGGUCAGCGACCACUCCAAAAACCACGCCAAAUAAUGAGCCCCCCAUAAGAGCUGCUUAUUGUUUUCUUAUUAAGUUCAAGCUGCAGGGAGAGAGCCGACAAAUCACACUGUACAUUUGCAACGCAUAAAUUGUCCCAAUAAAGUGGAAUUUACAAUUA